AUGGUAAGUAUAUUUAAAAUAACAAUUACAAAUAAAUGUUUUGUGAAAAAUGAAUAAGGUUUAUAUUUAUUUGAUUAAAAACACAAAAUUAAUGUUGCAUGUGGUACUUGUAUCUAUACUAGUGAACCGUUUUGUCUGAUUUUACUCUAGUUUUAAUUUAAUAUAUCGUUCAUUUUAAUUAUAAUUAAUUUGUUAGACUCGCAAGCGCCGUAAUGGAGGACGAUCAAAACACGGACGUGGACAUGUUAAACCUGUACGCUGUACUAACUGUGCUCGAUGUGUGCCGAAAGACAAGGCUAUCAAGAAAUUUGUGAUUCGUAAUAUUGUCGAAGCUGCUGCAGUUCGGGAUAUAACUGAUGCAAGUGUAUAUACAUGUAUGUAUUAACAAAUUAUUAACUAUUUCAAGAUUAGUAUCACUAAUUGCAUAUUAUUUAUAGCAUACCAAUUGCCAAAAUUAUAUGCUAAGUUGCACUACUGUGUUUCUUGCGCCAUUCAUUCAAAAGUGGUAAGAAACAGAUCCAAGGCUGAUCGUCGUAUCCGAACACCACCAAGCCGUAACUUCCCACGUGGGGUAAUAUUUUCUUGAACUAUGAUUUUUCCAUUAAAUUUAAUGUGUUAUUUUUUUUAUUAAAUGUUUGACAAAAUAUUUUUUUAUCAAGUGACUAUAAUGUGAAUGUGUUAAAAGAUUGAAAAAAAUUGCACAUUCACUACUACAUGAUUUUUGCAAGUUUUUCUUCCUUAACCAAAGUAAAUUAAUAUUUAAAAGAGCCGAUCUGCUGACGACUGUGCCACUGUUAUAAGUGGUAGUGACAUGAAGUUAUUUAAUUAAUAUCUACAAGCAACGAUAAACCAUUGAGAACAAAUAACUAUUCUAAGUGAAGUUUGUGUUUAAUUUGUAAGACUAAUAUUUAUGAUUUUCUUCAAAAUUUGGUCUUGAAACAUUUUCUAAUCAAUAAGGACUACUUUUUCUAAACCUUAAAUUUUCUUGCAUUUCAUUAAUUUGAUACCAACAUUUUCUAAAUUUUUUUUUAAAAUAAAGUUUUGGUUGUGUUGAAAUUUUAUGUUCUUAAGACUUGAAAUGCAUGGAUAACAAAAUUCAUUUUGAAUGCACCUAGAGAGAGACCUGGCAUAGUCACUAGAAUAGUGUGCUCACUCGGGCUGUUAAAAAUAAUUUCAACUGUUUUUAUUGAAUUGCGUUUAAUUUUAAAAAUUAAAUAAUUAAUAGUAUCUGCUCCUAUUAAUAACUACUGUUCUAAUUUAAAAUUAAUUUAACUCUAGAACUAAUAAUUUGUGCACAUUUUUUACCAUUAUUUUUAACUGUUGAUUUACCUUGGUUUAAAAAAAACGAUUGGAAAACUCAUAUGGAAGUCUAAGUAGAAUAAUACUAAAAUUGUCUUGUCUGGUUUAUUAUACCAUGCAAAUCUAAUCAAAUUUAACUUUUAUAUUUGUAUCAUAUAACACUUUAUGACAUAUGUUUUAGGAUAACAAUCGCCAAGGAGGACAACCUCAGAGGAAGCCAUAA